GCGCUCCCCGCGCUCCCGCCUCCAGGUGCGGCGGCCGCGGCGCCGGCGAGUGACAGCGCCGCCCGCGUGGCCGCCGUCCGGGCUGCAGACGCCGCGCGGGCAGCCGGCGGGACCGGAGGAGGCCCUGCGCCUGGGACCGACGGGCUGAAGCACAUAAAGCAUUCACUAUGGAGAAAAUACCAUUUUGAGACAUUUUUUCCGUUGCCGGUGAGAGAGGAAGAACCAGUACAGAAGCGCACCCUCCUGUGUGUGUGUCUCAUUGUCCUGCUUUUUAUAAAGCAGCUCAGUGAUGAAGCCACCAUUAUGUCCUCAGUCAGUGAAGUAAAUGUCGAUAUCAAAGAUUUCCUAAUGAGCAUUAAUUUGGAGCAGUAUGUCUCACACUUCCGUGAGUUUGGUUUUAAUACCGUGACGGACUGCGCAGCUAUCGAUGACAGCGUGCUACACAAAAUUGGAAUAUCACCUACCGGACACCGGAGGAGGAUCAUUAAACAGUUACAGAUAAUCUUGUCAAAAAUGCAAGAUAUCCCAAUCUAUGCAAAUAUUCAUAAAAUAAAGAAGAAUGAUGAGACUUCCAAGGGUCACCCUGCUCCGUCUUCUGGCCAGGAUACCUGCGUAGAAUGUUCAGAUUCAUCUAGUGUUCAGACACCUAGCCCAGCGCAGUUGGAGUCUGUUACAAAAAGUCUGGAUCCAAGUGACAUUAGUGUGGAAAAUAGCCAGUGUCUUAAAUCGGAUGAUGAGCUGUCUCUUCCUAAACACAACUUUCCCGUUCCAGAAGAAGGACACCAUCUGAAAUUAGGUUCUUUUCAGGAUUCUUCAUUGGGUAGUGAAAACAUUCAAAUAGAACCUUUGAUUACAGAGGAGACUGUGGAUUGUACAACUAAAGAACAACAAACAGGAAAAGUUGGUUUGAACUCAGAAGAUGUGAACAAGCUUCCUCCUGUAGACCCUGACCCCCUUUCUUCCCGUGGCUGUCCAAUAGCAGAAGCCAAUUCUGGACAUGGGACGAAUGGUUUAUUAGAAAGAUCACCACCAUCCCCUCUCUUCAACUUUCAAGGACAAAUGGUUCUAAAUGAUUUGUAUGUUCCCUCAUCACCAUUCCUGACACCUAUGAGAAGUCGUAGCAAGUUGGUUUCAAGGCCAUCUCGGUCUUUCCUGCUAAGACAUCGGCCUGUGCCAGAGAUCCCAGGGCCAACAAAAGGAAUUUCGGGGAGCUAUUUCCGUGAGAGAAGAAAUGGUGCUACCUCAACUGGAAAAUCGGUGACACAGCACAAUUCAAAUGAGGAGAAUUCAUCUUCCAUCUUUCCUUAUGGAGAGACCUUUCUCUUCCAGAGACUAGAAACUUCCAAGAAAAAGUCUAUAAGGAAUGAGUUUUGGGCUCAUGAAGAAACACUCAAAGGGAAAGCAACAACUGAAAGAAACUCUUUUUUUGUCAAAUCAAGCAUAUAUGAUAACAGGAAGGCGAAUGUAAGUGAAGACAAAGUGGAAGAUAUUUGGAUACCUCGAGAAGACAAAAACAAUUUUCCAACGGGCUGUGCUGCAGAUUCAGAAUAUUCAACAGUAGAAGAAUGCUUUCAGAGUUUAAAAAGAAAAAAUUCAAAGGCAUCUAAAACCAGGACUCAAAAAGUAUUGAACUUGGAUCCUGUUAAUAGGCACAGUUAUCCCUUAAGCUCAACAAGUGGAAAUGCUGAUUCAUCAGUAAUUUCCUCAAGUCCAAUAUCUCCUUAUGCCUGCUUUUAUGGGUCGUCUGCAAGGAAGGUUAAAUCGGGAUGGCUAGACAAACUCUCCCCUCAAGGAAAACGCAUGUUUCAGAAGAGAUGGGUGAAAUUUGAUGGCUAUAGCAUUUCUUAUUACAAUAACGAGAAGGAGAAGUAUUCAAAAGGAAUAAUUCCCCUUUCUGCUAUAUCUACAGUACGAGUUCAAGGAGACAACAAAUUUGAGGUUGUUACAACACAAAGAACUUUUGUUUUUAGAGUAGAAAAAGAAGAGGAGAGAAAUGACUGGGUCAGCAUACUACUAAAUGCACUGAAAUCACAGACCCCCUCCUCGCAGUCUCAAGCAGUUGCUGCGCCUGAGAAAUGUGGAUAUCUUGAAUUGAGAGGGUAUAAAGCCAAAAUUUUUACUGUGUUAAGUGGAAACAGCGUGUGGCUCUGCAAAAACGAACAGGAUUUUAAGGGUGGACUUGGUAUUACCAUAAUCCCGAUGAACGUAGCCAAUGUAAAGCAAGUGGACCGGACUAUGAAACAAUCUUUUGAAAUAAUCACGCCCUAUAAGAGUUUUAGCUUUGUAGCCGAGUCUGAAAAGGAGAAACAAGAGUGGAUUGAAGCUGUGCAGCAAUCGAUAGCAGAAACUCUCUCUGAUUAUGAAGUAGCUGAGAAGAUUUGGUUCAAUGAGUCCAACAGGAGCUGUGCAGAUUGCAAAGCCCCGGAUCCGGACUGGGCAUCCAUCAAUCUCUGCGUCGUCAUCUGCAAGAAGUGUGCAGGACAACAUAGAUCUUUAGGACCAAAAGAUUCCAAGGUUAGAAGUCUAAAGAUGGAUGCAAGCAUUUGGAGUAAUGAACUCAUCGAGCUUUUUAUUGUCAUUGGAAACAAAAGAGCAAAUGACUUUUGGGCUGGUAACCUUCAAAAAGAUGAAGAAUUACACAUGGACGCGCCAGUAGAAAAGAGAAAAACCUUCAUUACUCAGAAGUACAAAGAAGGGAGAUUCAGAAAAACCCUUUUGGCAUCUCUCACCAAGGAAGAAUUAAAUAAGGCUCUGUGUGCUGCUGUGGUGAAAUCGGAUGUUCUGGAAACAAUGGCUUUGCUGUUCAGUGGAGCAGAUGUCAUGUGUGCCACCGGAGACCCCGUGCACAGCACCCCCUACCUGCUGGCCAAGAAGGCCGGGCAGAGUCUGCAGAUGGAAUUUCUCUACCACAACAAAUUCUCAGAUUUUCCUCAACACGACGUUCAUUUCGAAGGUGGAUUAAGUCAGGAGUCCCCCCAGUGCACGUUCCUCUGUGACUUUCUGUAUCAGGCUCCUUCUGCUGCUUCCAAACUCUCUGCCGAGAAGAAACUGCUGGAAGAGACAAAUAAAAAGUGGUGUGUUUUGGAAGGAGGCUUCUUGAGUUACUAUGAAAAUGACAAGUCUACCACUCCCAGUGGCACCAUUAAUAUCAGUGAAGUCAUCUGCAUGGCUGUGCACAAAGAGGACUUCUAUAUAAACACUGGGCCCAUCUUCACCUUUGAGAUCUAUUUGCCCUCAGAACGUGCGUUUUUAUUUGGAGCUGAAACAUUUCAAGCCCAAAGAAGAUGGACAGAAGCAAUAGCUAAGCAUUUUGUUCCCUUUGUUGCUGAAAACUUAACACAAGCUAAUUACGAUUUGAUUGGUCAACUCUACUACAAAGACUGCCAUGCCCUGGAUCAGUGGAAAAAAGGCUGGUUUGCAAUGGGCAAGUCUAGUUUGCGUUUUUGCCUUCAAAUGCAGGAAGUUCAGGAAGAUAGAAUGAACUUAAGAAGACUACAAGAGCUAACUAUCAGCACAAUGGUUCAAAAUGGGGAAAAAGUGGAUAUUUUGCUCUUGGUAGAGAAAGGGAGAACAUUGUACAUCCACGGGCACACCAAGUUGGAUUUCACAGUCUGGCAUGCUGCAAUUGAGAAAGCAGCAGGUACAGAUGGAAAUGCUUUGCAGGAUCAGCAGCUCAGCCAAAACGACGUUCCCAUCAUCGUGAACAGCUGUAUAGCAUUUGUUACGCAGUAUGGUUUAGGGUGCAAAUAUAUCUAUCAAAACAACGGCGAUCCUUUGCACGUAAGUGAACUCCUGGAGAGUUUCAAAAAAGAUGCAAGAAGCUUUAAAUUGAGGGCUGGAAAGCAUCAACUUGAAGACGUGACGGGCGUGCUGAAAAGGUUUCUGUCUGACAUCGACGAUGCGCUUCUCACUAAGGAGCUCUAUCCAUAUUGGAUCUCUGCUUUAGAUACCCAAGAUGACAAGGAAAGAAUUAAAAAAUAUGGAGCAUUUAUAAGUACUCUUUCAGGGGUCAACCGAGCAACAUUGGCAGCUAUAAUUGAACACCUUUACAGGGUUCAGAAAUGCUCAGAAAUCAAUCACAUGAAUGCCCAUAAUUUGGCCUUGGUCUUUUCAUCCUGUUUGUUUCAAACGAGGGGUCAGACUAGUGAAGAAGUGAACGUAAUCGAGGACUUAAUUAAUAAUUACGUUGAAAUAUUUGAGGUUAAAGAAGACCAAGUCAAACAAAUGGACAUAGAAAAUAGCUUUAUUACCAAGUGGAAAGACACUCAAGUUUCCCAGGCUGGAGAUCUGCUGACUGAAGUGUAUGUGGAGAGGAAGGAGCCCGACUGCAGUAUUAUAAUCCGGAUAUCUCCUGUGAUGGAAGCAGAAGAAUUAACUAAUGAUAUGUUAGCAUUAAAAAAUAUUAUUCCUACACCAGGUGAUCUCUGGGCCACAUUUGAAGUCAUUGAAAAUGAAGAGCUAGAGCGCCCUCUUCACUACACAGAAAAUGUGUUGGAGCAGGUGCUUCGGUGGAGCUCAUUAGCUGAACCUGGCUCUGCUUAUCUUGUGGUGAAGAGGUUCUUAACCACCGACACCAUCAGACACUAUAAUGAGAGAAAUGCCCUGGAAAGUAUCAAAGAGGGAUCCCUGAAAAUCAAAGAAGAACCAUCUAAAAUACUGUCUGGAAAUAAAUUUCAAGAUCGGCACUGUGUUUUACGAGAUGGAUAUCUCAUUCUUUACAAGGACCUGAAGAGUAGCAAACAUGACAAAAUGCUUCCUCUCAGUUCAAUGAAGUUUUAUCUUGGAGUGAGAAAGAAAGUGAAACCUCCAACAAGUUGGGGAUUGACAGCAUUUUCUGAAAAACAUCAGUGGCACCUGUGUUGUGACAGUUUACAGACUCAGAUGGAGUGGAUGGCCAGUGUCUUCCUUGCCCAGCAUGAAAAUGACAUACGGCCACCCGCUGGAAAGCAACGAAAACGCUCUAUAACCAAAAACCCCAAAAUCGGAGGUUUGCCUCUCAUUCCCAUCCAGCAUGAGAAAAAUGCCACCCAGGCCUGGAGAAAUAUCGAGAGUGCCAGGGGGGAGCUGGACAAGCUGCGGCUCCAUGAGAAGCACGACCAGGAGCCUGGGGACAGCACGUUGAAGGACAGAGCCUCCAUGGUGGCCCACUGCCUGGAGCACAGGGACGAUAAACUGCGGCAGCGAACCCGGAAGCAUCGCAGUCUCUACUGCCUGGAGGACACAGAGGCUGAGGCCGAGGCCUUUCACGGGCCACAGAAAGGCCCUAAAGGCUCAAAGACCCUGGGCAAGACCGAGGACAGGAACGGCAGAGCCACUCUGGACGCUGAUCAUAAGUUGCCGUCCCAGGUCAUCAAAGAACUUAGCGUGGUUCUACAACGAUCCAGAACCCUUCCGAAAGAGUUACAGGGCGAGCAGAUCUUGCAGAAAGAAAUAAAAUGACUUGUAGGUUUAAAAAUAUAUAUAUUGUGUACAGUGAUCGUGUACAAAUCAGAAAGCAAACUAUAAGGUAAUUUAUGGUUUGUGCCAUUUGUCCAGCUGUAUGUACGCAGUUGAAGAGCAUUUGGAAAUAUAUAUGUAUAUAUGUGAUAAGUGUAAGAUUAACUUUAUUUUGGUCUGAACAAAGCUUGUACAGCUCAACUGUAUUAACCAUGUGUAAAAAAAAAAUCCUUGGGUUACUUUGAGUGGCCAACCUUUUAAAGUCGGUGUCUUUUAAGUGGUGUAAUUUAUGAGCACACAGAUCCAACUGUACUGUAUUGUAUAAAAUGCUGUUUAAAUGAAGCCUAUGAAACUAUGUGUAACACAUUUUGCACUUUGAGGAACCUUGUACAUUAAGUUAGCACAUGUUUUUAGGUUUACAUAGGGUCUACCUUAGGGCAAAGAAAGGGAAGUAAGUUGAAAAUGGGGAGAGUUCAUUUUAGUGGCUGCCUAUCAAACAGCACUGGGGUUUUAAAAAGAGGCAAGAAGCUAACAAGCAUUCUAAAAGCCGAGGAGGUUAACAUGUAUUCCAGUUCCCUUUCGAGAAACGGCUUGUUAAGAAAAUGUCUGGUGACUAAGUAUUUCCCAAGAGUCUGACUCAGCCAGCAAACAUGUCUGAUGGCCCUGGCCACACUCUUCGUCAGGAUGUGAGUGGACCAGCCACUUCUGCACUCCCUACAUUCAGGUCUCUGCAGUGGCUGCUGAGAGGAAACGUACACUGCCCGGGAGGCGUGAGCACAGGGCCCGCGUGGACGCCAGUGGCACUGUGGCUGUGUACAGGAACGUGGUUCUCAAGAGUUCCUCGCCGUGGUUUUGGUACGAACACAGUUCGUCAUCGCAGCGUUUUGUUGUUGUGGUUUUUGUGUUAUUGUUUUACUGUGUUCGCCCCCUUCUUGUUAUUUUUAAGUGAGGUUGUAACAUGGUUCUCUCACUGUCAGAAUGAACUGGAAGUAGACAGCGUGUGGCCAUUCCGCGGUGGGAGGUAGGUGAACAAAGCCCUAUCUUUACAUCCACUUCGCAUCAGCUACCGAGUCGGUGAUUCCGCCAGGGCCUGCAGUACUAAUUAUAAUUCAUAGAAGGGGCAGCACUUUUCAGCAGUGUCUUUAGAAUUUUAUCAGAUCGGGCAAGUUUCUAUGAAAACUUAUUUUAUGGAGUGAUGCUUUAUCCCUAGCGUUUCUUUUUACUCCCCUCUACUUUUCGGGUGUCUUUAUCAGAAUUUGUAUACAAAGGACCGUACUUUGGUCGGUCUGAUCACAGUACAGUAAUAUGCUGCCAAAUGCUAUGAGUUUCUUCACUGUAAAACACUGAUCACUUAUAUUGGGUGGGGAUACAAUUGUUUGCCCUGGUCAUAUGAUAUUUAUUCUUUUAACCCAAAUAGAUUGGAAUUUUUUUAAAGAAGAGAAAACUGCGGGUCAGUUUAUAAAAUAGAUGGGCACUGCUGGGGAGCCUUUUGGUAUUUUUAGAAAAAAUAAUCCAAACUAAACAAUGAUUCCUAAUAAGUGAUAUUUAUGUUAUAAAGUAAGGAGGCGUGUGAAAAUUAAUGUUGGACAACGUUGCACAAUGGGAACAGUAUCUGGAGUGUACCUAUCUGAAUAUUUUUGAAACUUGAGCUUCAAAUCUAAUAGCUUCUGUUUCACGUACCAUGCUCUCCGUUUUUCCGAGUGUAAGAUAAGGGCUAAUGAUAUCUCAUAUAUUUUGAGUAAAAAUUAAAACUGUUUUACAAGUCCA